AUGGCCAUGCCAAUCCCCAGCCCUCUGGAGCCAAAAUCAGUCACGUCGUAUCUCCUCUCCGUCCUCGAGGCAUCCGACCAGACACCGUACAUUGGCGAGCCGAUAUCCCAGCUGCAACACUCUCUCCAGGCCGCGCACCAAGCGGCCUCUGCAUCGCCCCCCGCGGACGAGGCAACCCAGGUGGCCGCCCUCCUCCACGACAUUGGCCAAUUCGUCCCCGGCAGGGACCUCAUCUCGCUGACGGGCGGCCAAGCCGAGAACCUGGGCGGCGCGGCCACGGGGGAGAGCGUCGGGCGCGUCGGGCACGACACCUUGGGCGGCGCGUUUCUCCUCGCGCUUGGCUUCUCGGCCAAGGUGGCUCGCCUGGUGGCAUCGCACGUCGAGGCCAAGAGGUAUCUGUGCGCGGUUGAGAGCGGAUACUACGGCAAGCUCUCGGACGCGUCGAGGAAAUCCCUGGCCUACCAGGGCGGCCCCAUGCGCGGCAAGGAACUGGCCGACUUUGGAGGCGAUCCGUGGUGCGGGGAGAUGUGUCGGCUGCGGGUUUGGGACGACGAGGCCAAGGUGCAGGGUCUGCAGGUCAGGAGCUUGGAGAGUUGGCGAUGCGUCAUUGAGCGACAGCUAGAUGAUCAAAGGCGCGUGGCAGAUGGAGAGAUGAAAUAA